GUGGUUGCGGCAGGGCGUGACGUGUAAGUGCAGAUGGGCGUAAGGUGCCCCUAUUUUCUGUCGUCCACGGGAGAAUUCUGUAGAUGGUAGAAUACAAUACAUCAUGGCACCAACAAUAGCAACACCUAGGCGAUUGCGGCGAGCGAAAGCACCUACCAUAAAUGCUACACAGCGGGGGGCAAUCCUUACAAUGCGCUACAUGACGAACUUGUCCGUCCGGCAAAUAGCACAGCAUGUCAAAGUCUCGAAGACCGCAGUGCAAAACAUUUGCAAUCGUGCCGAGAAGAUAGCAAGGACGAACAGACAAAAGAAUACCACAAGUCCCCUCGAUACCAGCAAUUCCCUCGAUAUCGGCAACUCCCUCGAUAUCGGCAACCCCCACGAGGCCAACAACAACACCCCCAGUGACAUGCAGAACUCGCAAGAGGUGGAGGUUGUUGCAUGUGGAGAGCUGUCAUUAGCAGAGUUGCUUGCUGCAUCGGCACCGGGCAAGUCGACAGGCCGUCCCCCAGCCCUUACGGAGGAGGAAAAGGAUUGUCUGGUUGCAACUGUCGAGCGGGACUUUGAGACUCGGAAGAUGACACUUGUAGAGCUACAAUGUGAAGCACGUCUAGAAUACGUCAGUAAACAGACCAUCCUCACGGCUCUCAAUGAACGUGGUUUGAAGUCUACCGGGAACGGCUGGGUGUGAAUCCAGAUUUGAUCUUGAUGGAGGAUAAUGCUGCUAGCCAUCACUGUUGGUAUACGGACGUCGAGUGGGAGAAGGAAGGUUAGCAGCUUUUCUCUUAGAACCGGUA